CGCAGCGGAGAAAGCGCGACCCACAUUCCUGGGCUGCGCUGCGGCCGCUGGACGGAUCAGAGCAGGCAGUCAGUUACCUCUGUGCAGUUCGCGUCGGCACGGCUGCCGAUCCUCAGGUGACGUGUCGUCCGUACUGUGUCCGAGAUGGCUGGCCUGAAGCUGUACUCGGUCAGUGACAGUCCCCCGUCGACGGCUGUCAAGAUGGCGCUCGAGGCUCUAGCACUCGAGUACACCAACAUAGAGGUGGACUUCGCAGCCGGAGAGCACCUCAGCGAAGAGUUUUCCAAGAAAAAUCCGCAACGAGAAAUUCCUUGCCUGGAUGAUAACGGUUUUUUCCUAAGUGAAAGCAUCGCCAUCCUGCAGUACCUGGCUGACAAGUACGGCCCUGGACACAGCAUUUACCCGCGUGAUCCACAGCAGCGGGCCCUGGUCAACCACAGGCUCGCCUUCAACAUUUCCACGUACUACGCUCGAAUAGCAGAAUAUGCGGUGGCACCGAUAUUCUUUGAUUACAAGAGGACUCCCGAGGGUCUUAAAAAACUGAAGAUAGCCCUGAACGUUUUUAACACCAUCUUAGAAAGACAGGGAACCAAAUUUGCAGCAGGAGAGCACGUGACUCUGGCGGACCUGUCGCUGGUGGCUGCGACCAUGUGCCUGGAGGCGGUGGAGCUGGAGCUGUCGCCGUGGCCGCGCGUGCUGCGGUGGUACGCGGGCUUCAAGCAGGCGGCGCCACGCCUCUGGGCGAUCGCGGAGCCCGCCAUGCUGGAGCUGAGGACGUUCAGCAAGAGCCCGCCGGACCUGUCGUCGCUGCAGCACCCCUACCACCCCGUCAGGGCCAGCAAGUAGCGCGGCCGGCAGCUGCGGCGCGUCGUUGCGUCCCCGUGUCCCGAGCCUGCGCCACGAGUUCCUUCUGAUUUUCUCUGCACUUUCCUAUGUUUUUGUAACAGUGUCCAGAUGAAAACAAUAAACGGGAAAAUUCU